GGGAUUAUAUAAUACAGUUGCUGAGUGUGGGGCUGGCGAUGGUGGGUCAUUUGGGGUUAUCCUCACGAGAAAAUCCACAUCCUCUCGCCUUCCCGCUUCUUCUUCUUCUUCUUACAUCUCUAUCUUCUUUCUUCUAUACUUCCUUUGGAGAGAGAAUCUCACCUCUAUCUUUAGAUUGUGGCAUUCCAAGAAAGUCUAUCCUAAACACUCCUGUGGACUGUGAUUGUUCUCUGAGUUAAUAGUUUGCUCGCUAGCUAUGUGUUGCUGCUUCUUCACUGGCCAUGGACACCCCUGAGAAGACCCAGAUCACCACUUCCCUUUCUAAAUUCGAGGAUUCCCCGGUCUUCAACUACAUCAAUAGUCUUUCUCCUAUCAAGCCAGUGAAGUCCUUACACAUUACUCAGGCAUUCCAUUCACUUAGUUUUGCAUCUCUUCCAUCAAUUUUUACUUCUCCCCAUGUUAGCUCUAACAAGGAAUCUAGGUUUUUAAGAAGGCAUCAGUACUCAGAUCCCUCAAAAUCAGGGUUCUCAUCUGAAAAUGGAAAUAAAGUCAGCAGUGAGGAAGAGGCAGAUCUGGAUGUUGCUCAGCUGUAUGAUAACUCAGAUGAGCUACAGGAAAAUUUUGAUCCAGGAGUGUCUAUAGGAGAAGUUUCUGUCGAACCUCCUAGUGAAGAUUUGAAAUUUGCAGUUGAGCUGCCACGGAGGUUAAGAUAUGAUUGUGGUAGCCCGGAAUAUGAGGCAACAGGAACAACACCUAGUUGUGGUCCACAAACUGAUCAAACAUCAGAAUUGCCUGGCAUCUCUCGAAAGUGUUCCCCUGAACAUGAACUGCAUCUACAGGGGAUACACCAGACUGAGCAGAAGAAAGAAGCUACAGAUUGUGUCUGGGAGAAUUUGAUGUCAGAUGAUACUGACCUAUUAAUUUUUCAUUCUCCAAUUGAUACGGAGGCUUUUAAAGGGUUAAUGCAGAAAUCACUGGAUCUUGAUGCAAGCUUUUCGCCUUCUCUUGAUGAGGUGCAAAAAGUGCGAAUAGAUCCUUCAACCCAGCCUGGAGAAACUGGUGUACCAAUGGAAAUAAACCAGACUCAGGAAAACCUUAAUGAACAUGUGGACGUGGAUAAUGAGGUGGGAAUGUCCGCUAAGGUUCUUUCCAAGGGUAUCUCUGUUUUGUAUCGAGGCAUGCGAAGGCGUUGUCUAGAUUUUGAGACAGUAGGAGCUCAUAGGAAGGACUUAGAUGAUAGUUCAAAUUCAAGUACUUCUGGAGGAGGGCAAUCUGAAGAGAAGGUUGCCCCCAAAGAUAAGCAAUUGGUUCUUUUUAAGCCUGGCCGUGAUUCUUCAAGGUGUGUUUUACCUGGAAUUGGUUUGCACUUAAAUGCUCUGGCAAUUUCUUGCAAGGAUAGCAAAAAUGUGAAGCACGAAACUUUGUCUUCUGGAAAAAGUUUGUCUAGCUUUGUUGCUUCCUCUCACUCCCAAAAUAAUGGUCAAGAACCUAAUGAAUCAUUGUCUUUAGUCUCCACUGAAAUUGACAUAGAUCCAACUGAAAAUGAAGUUCCACUUGUGGAAGACGUUCCUCAGGCAUCUGCUUGUUUAGUUACUGAAGAGUUCAAUCCCAGUAGCCCCAAAAAGAAGAGGCGUAAGUUGGAAGGAGAAAGUGAAGCCUGCAAGCGUUGUAACUGUAAGAAGUCAAAGUGUUUGAAACUUUACUGUGAAUGUUUUGCUGCUGGUGUCUACUGCAUAGAACCAUGUUCUUGUCAAGAAUGCUUUAACAAGCCUAUUCAUGAAGAUACUGUUCUUGCAACUCGCAAACAAAUUGAAUCUCGCAACCCACUUGCAUUUGCUCCGAAAGUGAUUAGGAGUUCUGAAACUGCAAACGAAGUUGGGGAUGAGUCCAGCAAAACUCCUGCUUCAGCCAGGCAUAAAAGAGGAUGCAACUGCAAGAAAUCUAGUUGCCUGAAGAAAUACUGUGAAUGCUACCAGGUUUUUCUCUACCCUAAUCUCUAUGCUUUUUGUUUUUCAUAUAGAUCAAUUAAUUAUCAUGGUUUUCUCGUGAAGGGUGGCGUUGGAUGCUCCAUUAACUGCAGAUGUGAAGGGUGUAAGAAUGCCUUUGGUAGAAAGGAUGGAUCUGCUCCUACAGAAACAGAAACAGAACCAGAAGAUGAUACUGAACGAUGUGAAAAUAAUGGAGUAGACAAAAUUUCAGAGAAAACUGAAAUCCAGAAUAAGGAAGAGCAACAUCCAAAUUCUGCUCUUCCUAUCACACCAUUAGCAAUUUGCAGACCACUGCUUCAACUGCCAUUUUCAUCAAAGAGCAAACCACCAAGAUCUUUUCUCAGUAUUGGAUCAUCUUCUGGAUUGUGUACUGGCCAAAAGUACGGUAAACCAAAUAUUCUCAAACCUCAAACGAAGUUUGAGACACAAGCACAAACCAUCUAUGAUGAUGAUAUGCCUGAGAUCCUCAGAGGCAACUACUCUCCAAGCACCGGCAUCAAGACUUCUCCAAACAGCAAGAGGGUCUCUCCUCCUCACAGUAUUUUAGGGUCAUCAACUGGUCAGAGGACUGGCAGGAAGUUGAUAUUGCAAUCCAUACCUUCAUUUCCUUCUCUCACUCCCCAGCAUUGAAAUGAAACCUUCCCCAUAAAGUUUAGAUGAUAUUCUUUAAACCUUAGUUAUGUUGAGAUGAUGUAGUAGUUGAAGGUUAGUUCAGCUCUUGUACAAUAAUAUCCUUUCUCGCUCUCGUAAUGUCCAAGCACUUCAAAUCAUUGUAUAAUAUGGCAAUACACUUUUCCUGAUUAUUAUUAUUAUUUUUAAUUUAUCUUCAUUUUUAAAGAUCAA